CAUCUUGAAGCAAAAAAAAAAAAGAAAAUACAUUCUUGAAAUUUUGCAAAAAUGACGAAAGAGGUGGAAGUAAUGAAGAACUUGGAUGUAGAAAGAUACAUGGGGAGGUGGUAUGAAAUUGCCUCAUUUCCAUCAAGAUUUCAGCCCAAAGAUGGAGUGGACACAAGGGCUACUUACUCUUUGAAUCCAGAUGGGACAAUACAUGUGUUAAAUGAGACAUGGAGUGGUGGAAAAAGAGGUUAUAUUGAAGGCACUGCUUAUAAAGCCGAUCCAAAUAGUGAUGAAGCUAAACUCAAAGUGAAGUUUUAUGUUCCACCAUUUUUGCCAAUUAUUCCAGUUACUGGAGAUUAUUGGGUUCUAUAUAUUGAUCCAGAUUAUCAAUAUGCUUUGAUUGGUCAGCCUAGUAGGAAUUAUCUUUGGAUAUUAUGUAGGCAACCACGUCUUGAUGAUGAUACAUACAACCAACUUCUCGAAAAGGCUAAAGAAGAAGGGUAUGAUGUGAGCAAACUCCACAAGACACCUCAUUCUGAGUCUCCACCAGAGGGUGAUAAUGCACCAACAGACUCAAAACGAAUUUGGUGGCUCAAAUCAAUCUUUGGAAGAUAAUCGUAUAUAUUAGUAAAUAUGUUUUUAAAAAAAAAAAAAAAAA